ACCAAAAACACUGGAGUUUCCAAAAAGGCGUGUGCUUCACUGUCUUCGGAUGGGUGGGACACCAUAACCGUCCCGAUCACACUCCACGACCACUGGACGCACACUCGAUCCACUCCAGAGACGAGCCAGUGCAGAAUAACAUAGGCUACCUUAAAAUGUUGUUCAUAGUACUCAUCUUGUGUUUGUGUCCGGUAUUUCAAUGCCAAACGGAGGAUUCUGAAUUUCCAGAGGAUGUGGACCUUGAAGACUACAUGAUUUCUGACAUGGAUUUAAAUGCCGGUCCUCAUAGAGUCCCGCGGCAGGUGAAAACGCUUCUAACCAAGGAAACUAAACCUCACAUUCAGGAGCUGUCAAUCCAGACCACUAUCAUCUCACGCUAUGCCUUCACUGCGGUAUCCUGCAGCAUGCUCAACAGACACUCUGCUGCAACUCAAGGGGUCUUUCAGUUCCACAUCCCUUCUUCUGCAUACAUCUCCAACUUUACCAUGAUUGUGGGAGGACGAGUCUUUCCCAGUCAGGUGAAGGCCAAAGAGAAGAAGAUUAAGAAGGAAGGUAGAGAAACCAAUGGCAAACCGAAGAUCAAGGACUCAACAGAGCAGAGUGAGGGUGAGAUGGAGGUGUUUCGCAUGGAGGUCACUAUUCCAGGACGUAACCGUGCUGUGUUCCUCCUGACCUAUGAAGAGCUUCUCCAGAGACGAUUGGGCCAUUAUGAACAUAUGACCAGUGUUAGGCCCAUGCAGUUGGUCAGUAGACUCAGUGUGGGCGUUACCAUUGUGGAGCACUCCCGUAUCACUUACCUAGAAGUCUUACCCCUACGAAAUGGCAAAACUCCAGCCUCCAAUGGCAAUGGGAAGGCAGAUGGUAAAGUAGGACCACCAGUUUCCACCAUAGUCAAACAAAAUGAAACCUUCUGCAAGAUCAGCUUCACUCCCAACAUCGUCCAGCAGGCCAAAAUUGUCACCAAUGGCAUGCUAGGAGAGUUUGUGGUGCGCUAUGAUGUACAGAGAGAAAUGGGCAUUGGGGACAUACAGGUUCUGGAUGGACAUUUUGUGCACUAUUUUGCCCCUAAAGACUUGCCUGUCGUGCCUAAGAACGUUGUAUUUGUGAUUGAUACCAGUGCCUCCAUGCUUGGGACCAAAAUCAAACAGACCAAAGACGCUCUGUUCACAAUCCUACGCGAGCUGCGGCCCAACGAUCACUUCAAUUUUGUCACUUUUUCCAAUCGCAUCCGUGUAUGGCAGCCAGGCAAACUAGUGCCAGUCACACCCAACAAUAUACGUGAUGCCAAGAAGUUCAUCUAUAUGAUCUCACCCACAGGGGGCACUGACAUCAACAGUGCCAUUCAGACAGGCUCGACAUUGCUAAGUACCUACCUAUCCAGCACAGAAGAGGCCCAUCACAACAGUGUGUCGCUCAUCAUCUUCCUGACAGAUGGGCGGCCCACGGUAGGCGUUGUGCAGAGUCCAACCAUCCUUGGUAACACCAAAGCAACAGUGCAAGAGAAGUUCUGCCUCUUCACCAUUGGGAUGGGUAAUGAUGUGGACUACAGGCUGCUGGAAAGGAUGUCCCUGGAGAACUGUGGAACCACGAGGAGGAUCCCAGAGGAUGCUGAUGCAAGAAUUAUGCUCAAAGGCUUUUACGAUGAGAUUGGCACACCACUGUUAUCCGAUAUCCGGGUGGAAUACUCAGAGGAUGCUGUGGAAUACAUCACCCAGAACCUUUUCACAAACUACUUCAAUGGCUCAGAGCUUGUUGUGGCGGGAAAGUUGACCAAUCGCAGCUCAGACUCACUACAUGUUCAGGUUACCGCCAGCAACAGUGAGAGAAGCAUCAUGCUGGACAAAGAUGUGUCUUUACGGGAACGUGAGCGGGAAACGGAAAAGCGGCUAGUGGAAGCGGAAGUGGGUCCAAAUUCAGAUGGUUAUGUGGAGCGAUUGUGGGGAUACCUGAGCGUUAAAGAUGGACUAAAGGGACGACUUCGCAGCCAGACAAGCGGAGAGCGAGAAAACUACACGCAACAUGCUACAAAUCUUUCGUUAACGUACAACUUCCUUACGCCACUAACGGAAAUGAUUGUGGAGAAACCACAAAUACUAGCAGACGGAACUUUAGCAGGGGCGGUAUCCAUGGAAGCCCCGCCCACUAAAGCACCACCCUCUCCUCAAUCAUCCAAUCAGCUAUCAGAAGAUGACUACAGCUUAACCCAGAGCCUCAUCAGAAAUGGACUGUCGAAGCCGAGUUCUGCAAUUGCCAAGGCAACAAGUGGCGUACGCAAACCCGCCAAAAAGUCUGUCACCCUAUCCAAAACAUCUGUUGAUGGAGAUCCUCAUUUUGUGGUGGAGUUCCCCCACAGUAAACUGACUGUAUGUUUCAACAUCAAUGGAGAGCCAGGACACAUCCUCAGACUGGUGACUGACCAUAAACACUCAGGUGUGACUGUGAACGGUGCGCUGAUUGGUGCUCCAGCCCCAAUGGGCAGUCAUAAAGAACAGAGGACGUAUUUCAGAACUAUAACUAUAGUAGCCAAUAAGCCGACUCGCUCGUACAUUGAGGUGACCCCACAGAAGGUUAUACUGGACGGCCGCGACCGGAUGAUCCUUCCUUCCAGCUCCAGUAUUUCAGUUGAAACUGCAAACCUGGCUGUGGUACUCAAUGCUAACACAAACCUGACAGUAACCAUCCAAGGGACCAUCAAAUUCAUCAUCUUAUUCCACCAUUACAAAAAUCCAGCCCCCUAUCAGCGAGAUCACCUGGGCUUCUACAUUGCUAACAGCAAAGGACUAAGCAAGAAUACACAUGGUUUGUUAGGUCAGUUCCUGUACGAGGACAUUGGAUUGACACAUCUUCCUAGAAACUUCAGCAUGGAUGUAGAAAACAACACACAGGAAAAACAAGGGAAAAAUGUCAUGCUACCCAGUUACCCUACUCUGAAGUUGAAGAAUCGAACCGUCCACGUCAUAAAGAAGAGUCGACGAAUAUACUCAGGAAAGCAGACAGUAGACUGUUGGUUCGUCAAAAACAAUGCAGCUAAACUGAUUGAUGGACAGUACAAUGAUUAUGUUGUGUCACAUCUGUUUGACACAGGGGACUGGGCUAAUGGAACCAACACACACUGAGACCCACACAUAUACCAUAUGCACAGAAUAUGAUUCCAGUGGACUGAAGAGCCAUAAAACAUAUAUAUUCCCAUAAACAAUUUGGAAAACCAUCACACACUCCAGAAUGCAGCAUUUGAAGUAUAUGAUUUAUAUUCAGUAAUUUGUGGACAUACUACUCUACUCUUUUUAUUGUACCAACAUGUGAAUAUAUACUGUAUAUUUUUUGUUCAUAAUAAGACUGUAUUUGGAACACAUUUUAUACUAAAAAUAAAUAUUAACAAUAAGA